AUGACUGCGAAAUACAACCCCGUUGAACGUCAUUCCGAACGUGCUGCGUCAGACGCUACGAUCACCACUGAGGAGAUCCAGCCUCCACCAAAUGCUGUCCGAAAACUUAGAAACGGCAUGCUAGAUCCUACGUCCCGCGGUCGAUAUAAAGAAAUCGCCGAGCGAAACGCGACAGAGUCGCCGUUCCUUCGCAUGCCUCCCGAAAUCCGGAACAGGAUAUACGCAUAUAUCCUCGGCGGAAGGAGAAUCGACCUGUACUCUACCGAGUUGGGCUUAGUGGAGUUGUACAAAGAGCACGACGGCUUCAAAAUUGACAAGAGCAACCCGUUCCUGCUCCUGCGCGUCUGCCGGCAAGUCUAUGCGGAAAGCUGCCUCCUUCCGUACUCGCUGAAUACGUUCUUGUUCUACCCUUCAGAAUGGGAGACCUGGCAUAUGCAGAUCUUCCCUGCUCAGCGCGAAGCUAUUCGCAUGCUGGAGUUCUGCGGCUGCGAAGAAUGUAUGAUUCAGGAGGCAUAUCACUUGAGCAAUUUUCCGGCGGUGAGGGACAUCUAUCUCGACACAAAUCUGAAGAAGCGGGAGAGGAAGACGUUUGAGGCUAAGAUCAAGCUUGCGUGCCGCGGCAAUGUCGAAGUCAUCAUCGAGCGGGAACCCUAG